CGCUGGUUAAACCUGCAGUCGCACCAAAAUGUCUGCGGAAGUGUGUCCUUUAAACUUAGAGGGUUAUUUGGUUAACUGUUCAGAUUCUUAGUCAAGUUGGGAUCUGUUACGAUAAAAUGAUAGAUUUUUGUGUAAGCUAAAUUUUAUAUAUGGCCGUUUAAAAUUGUAUUGUUUCAUUUUGAUGUAGCGUCAGCAGGUGAAGCAUGCAGCGCGGUUCCCAUGCAACCAACUCGCCUGACUCAUGCGGACAAGCCUUCCGCGUCCUCGUCGGGGUAACAGGCAGUGUGGCAGCUUUAAAACUGCCUCUGCUGGUCUCGCAGCUCCUUGAAUUACCCGGGGUGGAGGUUCAGGUGGUCACCACUGACCAUGCUACGCAUUUUUACAAGCCUGAGCAGAUCCCAGUCCGAAUCUACACCGACAGGGACGAGUGGCAGAUGUGGACGCAGCGCUCAGACCCCGUGCUGCAUAUAGAGCUGCGCCGCUGGGCCGACCUGAUGCUCAUUGCUCCUCUGGACGCCAACACUCUGGCCAAAAUAGCUGGCGGUAUCUGUGACAACCUUCUGACAUGUGUGGUGCGUGCUUGGGACCUAUGCCGUCCGCUGCUUUUCUGCCCCGCCAUGAACACGGCCAUGUGGGAGCACCCCAUCACCGCCCGGCAGCUGGAUAUGCUGAAGGACUUCGGCUACGUGGAGGUUCCCUGCAUCGUGAAGAAGCUGGUCUGUGGGGAUGAAGGUAAAGGAGCCAUGGCAGAAGUAUCGACAAUCAUAGAUGCUGUUAGGGAAUGCCUUCAAAGGCACAAGAAAGGUCCUGUGUCCUUGUAGAACAACAUAAUGUAUGGGUGCAUUUCCUGCAUCACACAGUUCUUAGUGAAUGAGGGAAACUGCUGAACCGUUUGUAAAUUUGUUCUGUAAAGUGGAUCACACUGUUCAAAACAUCUUUUUUUAAUUAAAAGUGACUUGGCUGAGAAGAAUAUUGAAUUUCAGAUUUUUUCAGAAUUUCUGUAACCUGUGAUUUAGAUUCGAAAAGAUGACCAAAUAAUAUUAAUAAUUCUUAACUUAAUGAAUAAAUGAAUUUGCGGGCCCUCUGUGGGAUUUCUUGGAAAUAUUCUCCUUCCCAGAACCUUUCAGUUAUUCAGUUACUUUUGUUUUUUCUUCUUCUAUAAUGCUGCAACACAAGCAGACAUUUAGAGGUGAUCUGUGAAUUAUGAGUGUUGAUUUGUUGCAGCAAGGACAGUUCAGCGAGUAGCAUUUCUCUGAUGAUCCAGGUCUGGAGGUCCCGAUUCCGUGUGUGUGUGGAAUUUGCAUGUUCUGCCCAUGUUAUGGGGACAAGUCCCCCCUCCAGGCUCCCGGGACCCUGACCAGGAUAAGCUGUUCGUGGAUGGAUGGAUGGAUGGAUGGAUGUGGCAAAGCCAAAAGGUGGUGGAAGAAAAUAACUUUGGCAAGGAUGAGGUAAUAGAGUGACAUGGCCAUCCAUAGGGGGGGAGAAAGGGGAAGAGAAGAACCCAGACAGUGACACUGGUGGGUGGGGCAUGACUGCGUUAGCAUGGAUAAUGGUAACUUUGGUUUGGGGGGGAUUUGUCAGGGGCUUAGCCAUGUUUUUCAUAGGGCUCCGUACAGUGACAAAUGAACAAUGCCGAAAAGAAAUCUGACAAAAGAAAAAUACUUGAGCCAACUUUUAAAUGAGUAGACCCAUGCUUCCUAACAGGAAGUUUGUCUUUCAGGUUGAACUAUGUACUACCUCAAAUAUUUUAACCAUAACGUACAUAUUCUGCAAGUUGUUUUAGCCAGGUUUUUACAAUAAACAAGAUUAAAUACUUAAGAUACAAAUAUAACCUGCUACCCCAUGGUGAGGAUUCCAUGCUUCCAUGAUGUUCUGCCACAAAAUAGAAACUAUAUCUUCCAUCGAGCACCAGUGCUCACUGAGUCACCUUACAGCGAUGCUGUAGUCGCUGACGCACCAGUGUGCUGACCUUGCUGGGACCCUUCCAGUUUCCUCAGGAAUAAAUAACUGUUACUGAACAGCAGAUAAAGAAGUUCUUUAUCAUCUACUAAAAUGAGUAUUGUGAUGACUUAAUAUGACGGUUUAAAGUUUCAUUCCAGGUGAAGAACGUAGGUAAAAAAAACUUGAUCUUUGAGAAAUGUCUCUUCAUUGUGUUGGUGAUUGUUUUCUUUCCUUAGCUUGCUUUUCGCUGAUUGUUCUCAUAAGUGAAGGAAAUUACUGGAAUGUAACUAUGGUAAGCAGAGGAGGAUAGGAGAGUGCCAUCACUAGUAACAGCACAAAAGCUUUUAUUAAUCUGCAUAGUAAAGAGGCCAUUCUGUUCAACAGAUAAGCACAGACACUUAUAAACAAUGUAUGUGUGAAUGAAAUUUACCAGGCUUGAUUAUUUAGGUUUGUCAUCACAUUGUGAAAAAGGAAAAUAAACUUUCUGGCAUGGGAUGUCAAGUCCUGUUGCAUUGUGGAAUGGGAUAUCCGGUGAGGUAGCUUAAGUGGAAACGUCAUGCUUCCUCACUGCAUUUUUGACGGCACACCAGAUUUCCUUUUGUUAGAAACAAUGCUACACAAAAAGUUUUGAGGAUAACAAUGUGAGACUACAGUAAAAACCUAAAAGCCUAAAAGUACGAGCUUAUCCAAAGCAAAUAUGAGUGAAUAAAAAUGUGCUUUUUAUGAUGAUAUAUUUUCAUAUGUGGAUGUUAAUCAGAGUAUACUAAUAUGUUUACCUUGCAUUACUAAAUUGAUCAGUUUUCCUGCUGUGGCGUUGCAUACAUUAAAUAUACACAUAACAGAUUA